UUUUUGUUGAUCUAAGCAUGUUAAAUGGGACAAUUACUGUCGCUUAUACGGACGCUGAAACACUGCCAAGUGUACAUUUGAAGUUUAGAGCCGACUUUUGGCGCUUUUUCGGGAUCGAAUAGUGUGUUGUUCUCGUUUGUAGUGGAAUGUGGCUUCUCCAUAUUGGUUGAUUAUUAAUCACAACACAAAGGAAUUUGAAAAUCGCAAAGCUUUUUCGAUGAAGGGAGACUUUGGCRUGUCCGUACCGACUGUCCUUGCCAAAGCAUUGUACGACAACAUUGCCGACAACGCAGAUGAACUAACAUUCCGUAAAGGUGAUGUCAUAACUGUCCUAGAAAAAGACAUUGAUGGUCUGUAUGGCUGGUGGCUGUGCUCAUUGCAUGGUCGUCAAGGUAUUGCACCCGGUAAUCGUCUGUCUGAGAUAGCAAAGGAACCUAAGCCUGUUGCAACUUCACCUACAUUAGAGUAUGCCGAUUACGCAGUGCCAAGACCAUACGAGGAGAAUGGAGAAGACUAUGAUGUACCACGCUCUGUAUUCAGUCCUCAAGACUAUGAUUUUCCAAAAGCAGAUUCCAAUAGAUUUGAAUAUCCUGCUGAGCUUUUAAAGGACAGAGCAAACUCACAAAUAGAUGACAAUAUAGAUAAUAUAUAUCAGGAAAUCUAUGAUGUUCCUGUCACUACACCAGAGAAAAAAAGAUUUCCUGACUUGAUCCAGGCACCAGAAAAACUUUCACCACCUAAAUGUUCCCCCUCGCCUAAAAGAGGUCCAAAGUCACCAACUAAAGAAGCCCCACCCAAAACACUCUCUAAACCCCCUCGGAAAAUAAAUGAUGAGAAAAGCAAGAAAGGAAGUCAGCCUCCACCCAGACCUCCAAAACCUGUCUCCCCAAGAUCUCCUAAGCCGUGUAUAUCAGAAGAUAUUUACGAUGUGCCUGCCGUCAUGAAUGUAUAUGAAUUGGCUCAUAGCAAGACGAAUAAUAACACUGCAAAAAUAAUAGAAGAGGAGAAAAAUUCUGGAUUGAAAAAUGGUGUUGCAGAUGAUGCAAAGCUUUUUGUGAAUAGGGAAAGCCGUUCUUCUUCAAGCUCUCAGUCAAGUGACAAGUCUUCAACAGCUUUAACUUCUCCAAAACAGUUAGAGGACACUGCUGAAAAUAUCUAUGACGUGCCACCAUCGGAAUCAACUACUAAUGAUAUCUAUGAUGUCCCAUCUGCUGUUGCAAGAGGGAUUCAGAAUGACAUCCAAGACGUUGGUGGCAAAAUCUAUGACACCCCAACAAAAUUAACUAUGGCAGAUGCUGAAACUCCUAAUGAAAACUCCAAGGCUGAUGCCGCAAAGCUGCAGCCUCAGAGGAAUCAACUCACAGAGGAAAAUAGCAAACGAAGUUCUAGUGGAAGUGACAGCAGUGGGGUAAGACAAUUGUCAAGUGGUAGUGUAGGGAAGCGAGAAUCAAGUAGUAGCACUGGAAGUGGUGGGAAGGUCAGCUCUGAAGAUGAUGACUAUGUGGAUUAUCAGGAGAUUUAUGGCUUCAGCAGAACAAAACCUGUCAAUGUUUAUGAUGUCCCUGUGCAACCCACACAGGUGCCAGGAGAAAGUGCUACUCCACCUGCCAAACAAACUAAAAUCAGCAUCCUGCAGCGAAUCAACAUGUCUGCCGUCAAAGGAAUCAAGCUGGAUCCUCCUGCUGCUCUUCAAAGGUUGACCAAACUUGAACAAGCUGUUGAUGUAACGGUGAAUAAACUUCUAAGCUUUGUUACCACUACCUGGCGUGACGUCACCCUGUUGAGAUCCAAAGUGGCUGAUAUAAGAGAUGUUACAGGAAAGGCAAAAGUAGUGCUGCGAUUGCUCACAGAAUUUGGAUUAAGCACUCUUGUUAAUGCGCAGAAGACUGGAAAUCCUGAAUUGACUGGAAAGUUGAGCCGAGCAAUUGAACCAUUGCUCGAGACUUACUACUCCUUGAAGCUAACUCUACAAAGAUUGGAUGAUGGUGGCUGGAGAGCACCACUUGAGCGCACGGACAACAAAGAAGAUGAUCUUGAUUUGAUCAUGGUUUACAUUCGUAGUGUCCCUGAAAACUCCAAAAAACUUGCCAGUGUGAUUAGAAUGGCUGCAACCAUUCUUUACAAACUACCAAAAGAUCCUCUGCCACCCCCUGCCGAAACAAAACAGAAAGCUCCAGUUCAGGCUCCGAGAACUGAUUCCCUGGAGGAUACAGGAAGGAAUACCAAUGACAAAACUGCUGAAGAAGUUGUCGCAAAGAUAGAAAAGUUUAAACCAGUUGCCAUGGAAGCAGAAAGCUCAGAAGUUAAUUCAACAACUAUGAUGGUAGGGCUGAUAAAGGCAUGUGUUGACACCAACAUUAAACCUUCAGAUAAGCCAAAGUUGAGUCCAGAAACUGUGCGAAGGUUGUGUGGCAUUGACAACCAAGGAAGUCCAUUGCGCAAUUUAAAUGAUGCAAAACAAAAAGAUCGAAUGGAAGAGGAAGUCACUCCAAAACUUCCACCAAGAAAACCUAGCAAUACUCAGCCUCCUAAACCUCCAAUGAGACAAGACAGCACCGAAAGAAUAAGAUUUGUGCGGCAGCAGAGUCUCGAACGGUUUGCUCCUGAAGGAGAAUCUAAACCAAAAGAGAAGGUCCCUCCAAACCCCCCUCCCAAACCCAAGCUAGACAGAAAACCUACUAUGAGGAAAAGCUACAAAAAUAGAGUCAAGGAAGCGAAAGAGGGAGAAGUUCCAAAUCCAGUAAAAUUCCGCGAGCACAAAUUAUUUCAGAUUGGUGCAGAGUCUCCUAAAGGGAAGAGAAAAUGUAACUCAGAUCCUACGGAACUGGAACGAAAUACAGAAUCUGAAAAUCAUAACAAUAAUAAUGACACACAAAAAGGUAAUCGAGUGUCUGACAGUAUAGAGACAACAGUUCCUGGCAGUCCUGUUGGUUCUAAGCCGCCUCUUGCCGCAUCUAGAUCCGAUUUGGCCCUGCCGAACUCUGCGAGUGGACAGACAUCUGUGUGUCCAUUAUCCUCAAGAGUAGAGGAGUAUAGUCAGCAUUUAAAACCUGACACACAAAUACAAAGAUCUCAAUCAUUCUCUCGAACUAAACCACCUCCAGCUAAGGUUGCCUUUGGGGAAAACGGAAUGAGCCAAUUCAUUCUUUCUUUCAGCGACCAAGAACUUCUUGAAUUUUAUAAAUACGAAAUAGACGCACAACUCUUUGUUCUUAACGAAGCAAUGAAAACACUCUUUUCCUCGAUUGAGGACAACAAACCACCAAAAAUAUUUGUUUCAAACAGUAAGUUUGUGGUACUGAGUGCGCACAAAUUUAUAUACAUUGGGGAAACUCUUCAGAGUAAAAUUUCUCACGACAAACUUAGCAGUGACAUUACGAGAGUGACUAUGAAGCUAGCAGAGUGUGUUAAAUCUCUUGUACAUUCCACCAAAGUAGCAGCGUUGCAGUAUUCAGCUAUUAGUCCAAUGAGAGAGAUGGCAACCACAGCUGCUGCCAUAUCAGAGGCUGCGAUUGAGCUUCAUAAAAUUGUAAAGUAUGAGGUAGAAAGCAAAUAGGAAGUGUAAGUCAAAUGUAAGUCAUUCUGGCAGAUGAGCGCUAUACACUAUUAAUAAUGGCUGACAAGUGCAUGAAAUUGAGGUCUCCCAGUCAUUAGUUCACGAUGAAAAAUAUAAAAGUACAUAAAAUCCAUUUAUUGAAAAAUAAUAUAGAAAUUGACAUUUUGUUUUGAUCUGAAAUUGCGCUUUCCACCAUUAUUUUGGAUGAGCAGCCUUGCACAAGCUUCCAAGAGGAUCUCAUUUGUGCGCUCGUCAGCCUUCAUGAGAACAGUGUUACUAGGUUUGUUGUAGAAAGAUUGACGUCAUCAAAUAGGGAGUUGUUGUCAAGUCUUCCCAGCCACUCACUAAUCACCAGUAGUUUUACCUACAUUGCCUGUCAAUCACUUCUCAUGAAAAUCUAUUAUAAAAAGCUCAGUGCUAGAAUGACUUCAAGCUAUAUGUGUGUUAUGUCAAGGGACUUAAGAAAUAGCAAGAAGUUUUGGUUUUGGCAACUAUUUAGUCCAUGUGUUAAGUUGUUUGUGUUAGAGUGGGUUCGUUAAAAUGUGCAGUAGUUUGUUGAAGCAAAGUGUGUGUAGUAUCCUAUUUCAUAGUUGUAUUUUGAAUUUGGUAAAAGUAUAAAGCUAUUUUAAAAAGG